AUGAAUUUCCAACAGAAGCCGGGUGUGGUAACACAAGCGGAUAGAUCUGCUAGAUCUGUUUUUGUUGGAAAUAUUUCAUAUGAUAUACAGGAAGAAACUAUCAAGCAGAUUUUUUCGAAGGUGGGCCCUGUACUUUCUAUCAAAAUGGUUUUUGAUAGAGAAACUGGAAAGCCGAAAGGCUAUGGUUUCAUUGAAUUCCCUGACGUCCAGACUGCAGAGUUAGCGAUUAGAAAUCUCAACGGAUAUGAUUUGAGUGGGAGAACUUUAAGAGUUGAUAGUGCAGCUGGAGGAGAUCGUAGUGCUGAUGAAAUAGCUCAGCUACAGGCAGCAUUAGGAGCUCAACAAGUUGAAGAAAGUCCUUAUGGCCCUGAGCCGGAAGAAGGGAAAGCUCCCGAAGCUAUAUCGCGAACUGUAGCAUCGCUUCCACCUGAGAAAAUGUUUGAGCUUAUGAAGCAAAUGAAAGAUAUUAUGCGUUCGAGCCCCAAUGAGGCGAAAAAAAUGUUAAUCGAUAACCCGCAGUUAGCUUAUGCUCUUCUACAGGCCCAAGUUGUGAUGCGAAUCGUAGAUCCCCAAGUUGCCAUUGCAAUGCUUCAUAGAGAAACUCCUGCUCAAGUACAACCUUUCCAUCAAGGAUUUUCGUUGCCACAACAAGGAGCCAUGAGUUCUUCUCAAUAUCCUUCCGCUGUUUCCCACUCCAUUCCUCAAAAUUAUAGUCGUCAUCCUGCUCCACCCGUUCAGAAUAUGAGUGGAAUGUCGGCGGAAGAAGAACAAAAUGCGAAAUUGUUAAUGCAAGUUAUGCAAUUGUCAGAGGAAGAAGUAGCUCUCUUACCUCCACAAGAUCGUGAAAAAAUUGUGGAACUUAGGAAUCAACUCCGGGGAGCGGUGGGACCAUAA